AUGGAUGAAAACAGUACGGACAUCGACGACGACUUUGCCGAUCCGGAAAAGAACGUAACCGGCCUUGGUCACCUUCCCGGCCCGGUGACUGACGUCGUUCUACCGGUAUUCUAUUCUGUGAUUUUUGUUGUGGGCCUCUUCGGUAAUUUUGUGGUCAUUACCGUCAUACUGAAAUACCACAAAAUGCGAAGCGUGGCUAAUAUGUACAUUCUGAAUCUAGCCAUUGCCGACCUCUGCCUACUCUGCAUUCUGCCAUUUCUGACCACAAACGUGUUUUUGGGUUACUGGCCCUUUGGUGGCGUCAUGUGCAAGGUCGUGGUGGGGGCCUCCAACCUGAAUGGCUUCGCGUCUUUUCUCUUCCUAAUGACGCUCAGUAUCGACCGCUACCACGCCAUGGUCCACCCGUUAAAGUCCAGAAAGUACCGGACGAUUCGGCGCUGCAAGUGGGCCUGCCUGGCCGUUUGGACCGGGGGCCUGCUCAUGGACUUACCGUACAUCAUCUUCGCCAACACCCUAGAAGAGCAGCAGCAGAAGCUUCAGUGCAUCCUAGACUGGCCGAACCAAUAUGUGGAACAACUGGCCACGGUGUUUUCCUUCGUCAUAGGGUUUGCGAUUCCGGUGACGGUCAUUAUCGUUUGCUACUGGGCGAUACUCGUGUGUCUCCGCCGUAGCGACCAGCCGUCCCUCCAGCUCCGCUGUAGCGCGUCUUCCCAAGCCUCCCGCCGCCGACUCACCGUCCUAGUCCUCGUGGUAGUCAUCGUCUUCGUCGUCUGCUGGCUUCCCUACCACCUCUUCGCCAUCUCACGGCUUCUCAUCGAUCCUAAAGUCAUGUUCUCCGACCCCAAGACCGCAAACAUUGUCCAGAACGUGGCCCUAAGUUUCAAUGUGCUUGCCUUUGCCAAUAGCUGCGUGAAUCCGAUGCUCUACAGUUUUCUGGGCAAAAACUUUCGUCAGAGCUUCAAGCAACUCUUUUGCUGCAACCAGACCGAUGACAUCCUCGCCCUAAGUAGCAGGUAA